UGGUACCCCAGGACUGCUGCAACCCAGACCAACCAACACACUGGGAGAAGAUGCCUGGGGCUCCUGGAGUCCUCCAAGCCCCGCCUGCCACCCUCUUCCUCCUCUUCUUGAUCUCUGCUGCUGGCGUGGGCCCUGGGUGCCAGGCCCUGUGGGUGGAUGGGGGCCCGCCAUCAGUGACAGUGAACGUGGGGGAUGAGGCCCGCCUCCAGUGCAAGCACAAUGGCAGCAGCCCAGGGAGCCACAUCAACAUCACCUGGUGGCGCAUCCUCCAAAGCAACUUCACAUGGCCUCCCAUGUUCCUGGAGUAUGGCAAGGGGCCCAUGGGCGAGCUGACCAUCCAGCAGGUGAAUAAGAGCCAUGGGGGCAUGUACAGGUGCCAAGCUAAGGAAGGCAACGAGACCAAGCAGUCCUGUGGCACCUACCUCCGCGUGCGUGAGCCGCUCCCCAGACCCUUCCUGGACAUGGGGGAGGGCACCAAGAACAACAUCAUCACAGCCGAGGGGAUCAUCCUGCUGUUCUGCGCAGUGGUGCCUGGGACGCUGCUGCUGUUCAGGAAACGAUGGCAGAACUUGAAGUUCGGGCCAGACAUCCAGGAUGACUACGAAGAUGAGAAUCUUUAUGAGGGCCUGAACCUCGAUGACUGUUCCAUGUACGAGGACAUCUCCCGGGGCCUCCAGGGCACCUACCAGGACGUGGGCAGCCUCCACAUCGGAGACGUCCAGCUGGAGAAGCCGUGACCCGGCCGGGCUGCCCCCAUCUGCUGUGCUUCCAAUUUGUGUCUCUCCCCACUUCCCUGGAACGCAGUCUUUUCACAAUCUUUCCUGGGAGUGUCCUGACUGAACUUCCCGCUGAGGAGUGUCCACUCUUCUUCCCUCUAGACUGUCCUCAUCUCUGCCCCACACCCGAACUCAAUCCUCCCCCUGCGCCUUUCCCAGCCUCCCCCCCCCACCCCCAGCGGGUAAUGAGCCCUUAAUCGCUGCCUCUAGGGGAGCUGAUUGUAGCAGCCUCGUUAGUGCCACCUCCCCCUCCCUGCUCUGUCAUGGCCACUUAGUGAUAAUAAAUCCUUCCCAACUGCA